AUGAGUCUCGGUGACAAAGUCGUCAAACCACCGACUGGUGGUUCGGCACUCUUCCAGUUUGUUGCCGCCGCUCUUCGUUCGGAGAACAUGGGAGUUUCCCAGAACCGGUCCGACUUUGGCUCCGAAGAGGACGAUGAUAUGGUUCAUGUCAAUCGUCAAGAGCAAGACAAUGCAUUGCAUAGAAUGCUUUUCCGUCAGGAAUCGGCUCACGGACUGGGAAUUCACUCGGAGGGCGAACAGGAGGACUUUAGCGAUGACGAGGGUGAUCACCACAGUGCCCAUCUGCAGCCUGGCUCCUACAAGCACCAUCACCGUGAUUCUGAGAAGGCUCGAUCCGUGAGCCAUGAUCGUGAUAUCGCCAAAUCGACCAGUGGGACCUCGUUUGGCUCAGUACGCGACAAGAAGACUGUCGCCGAAAAGCUGCAGGCUGCCUUUGGUUACCCAGAACUGGAGGACUUUCUCGGAGAAUACUCUUGCUGGUUGGCUCGCUCGGUCCUUCUUCCUGGAUACAUGUAUUUGACGACGAACCACAUCUGCUUCUACGCCAACCUCCCCAGCCAGGAUGUCAUCCAGAAGGAAGGAUUCUUUGUCAAAAAGUCCAAGACUACGAAGCAGUUUACGCGCUACUGGUUCAUCUUGAAGAACGACGUCCUCAGCUACUACGGAAACCAGACAGACGUGUACUAUCCCAUCAAGACCAUUGAUCUUAAGCAUGCACUCUCAGCCGAGCCCUCGCCGCACAGCGACCACAGCUUCUAUAUUUUCACCAACAACCGCAAAUACACGUUCAAGACGGAUUCGGAGCUGGGCAAGACGGACUGGGUCAAAGCCAUCCAAAAGUCCAUCUUUCAUGCCAAAAUGGAGGGUGACAAGGUCAAGAUCUCAAUCCCUUUGGCGAAUGUGUUGGACGUAGAGAUGAACACCAUGGCCUUUGCAGAGGCCAUCCAGGUCAAAGUUAUGGAGAGCGACGAGUCCUAUGCCGUUGACGAGUACUACUUUGCCUACUUCAACGAGGCGACGAAGACAUUGGCGGCGUUGAAGGCGCAGGUGAAAAAGUAUCAGGAAAUGGCCACUCAGGACCCCAGCCGCGUCUACAAGAUUUACGACAGCACCUCACCCCAUAUCCAUUCGUCACGAAAGGCCCUAGGAACGUCUCACACAACUCCUGUCGAGACCUUACUUCGUCCAUUGUCUUCGUUGUCAGGAUCACGCAGCUUGUUCCGCAGCGCCACAGGAUCCAAACGCAGCGGUCUCCAACCUCCCCACCAUGACCUGGCCAAAUCUCAGCCAAGCUCAGAUACAGAAGACAACGACAAGGAAAAGGCUCGCCACUCGCUUUCAUUCUCUGUUCGAGGCACAACCAGCUGGAUUGCCGAACACAAGCCCGACUUUUUGGGUGCGAAUGAGCCGGCAACCUUGAACGAGGAGGAUCAAGAUGCAUUCAGGAAGGAGUUCUCGUUGCCUGACACCGAAGGCUUGAGUGCUGUUGUUUCAGGCUACUUGCUGCGAUUUCUUCCUCUCUACGGAAGAGUGUACUUGUCGGACAACUACCUCUGCUACAAGUCCAAGCUGUAUGGAACCCGCACCAAAAUGAUUAUGCCCCUGGCCGACAUUGAGCAGGUCGACAAGCACAAGGGUACCCGGUUCUACUUCCACGGUCUUAGUAUCCUGACCAAGACGGACGAGGAGAUUUUCUUUGAGUUUUCGACAACCGAAACCCGCAACACCAUCUUGGACACCCUUCGCCACCGCAUCACCCCCGAGGCCCAGGAGAAGCGUUUGAAGCAGAGAGCUCAGGCGAUUGCAGAGACGCCGUCGAUUGAGCUUGAUGAUCCCAUGGAGUCUCGUGUCAUGGACUCAAUGCUGCUUCGUGAGGAACCUGUCCAUGUGGAGCCCAUUUCGUGGGCCUCCAGCCCAGGUUUCAAGCCCUCGCGCCCCAUGCACAUUACCUGUUUGACCAUUGGAAGUCGUGGUGAUGUUCAACCUUAUAUUGCCCUCUGCAAGCGUCUCAUGAAGGAUGGGCACUCUUGCCGUAUCGCCACCCACGCAGAGUACAAGGACUGGAUCGAAGGACACGGGAUCGAGUUUGGCCUCGUCGGAGGAGAUCCUGGUGAGCUGAUUGAGCUGUGUGUCGAGAACGGCAUGUUUACGGUGUCCUUUUUCCGCGAAGGUAUGAAGCGCUUCCGCGGUUGGUUGGAUGAGCUCAUGGAAACUGCCUGGUUGGCCUGUCAGGGCACCGAUGUUUUGAUCGAGUCACCCUCCGCUAUGGCCGGUAUCCACAUCGCCGAGCGUCUCGACAUUCCCUACUUCAGAGCAUUCCCCUUCCCCUGGACAAGAACUCGUGCCUUCCCCCAUCCAUUCGCCGUUCCUGAGCACAACCUGGGUCGCGGAUACAACUACAUGACUCAUGUCAUGAUCGAGCAGGUGUUCUGGAAGGGUAUCUCUGGCCAGGUCAACAAGUGGCGCAAGGAUAUGUUGGGAUUGCCACCCACCAGUCUGGAGAAGAUGGAGGCUCACCGUGUUCCAAGCUUGUACUCUUGGAGUCCCAACCUUGUCCCCGCCCCUAUGGACUGGUACUCGUGGGUUCAUGUCACCGGAUACUGGUUCUUGGACAACCCUGACCUCAAAUGGACCCCUCCUGAUGACCUUGUCGCCUUCUUGAAGGCAGACCCUGACCGCAAGCCUGUUUACAUUGGUUUCGGUUCGAUGGUGGUUCCAGACCCUGAUGGCAUGACUCGUACUAUUAUCGAGGCUGUUGUCAAGUCUGGCGUUCGUGCCAUUAUCUCCAAGGGAUGGUCUGACCGCGUUACUAGCCAGGAUGACCCUGCUUCUGCUGCCAAGAAGACUACGACGGAGGAGAUUGUCAUCCCCUCAAGCGUGUACAUGCUCAAGUCUGUCCCCCACGACUGGCUCUUCCCGCAGUUGUCUGGAUGCGUUCAUCACGGUGGUGCCGGUACAGUCGCAGCUGGUCUGCGUGCGGGUAUCCCUACGGUGGUCAAGCCCUUCUUUGGUGACCAGUACUUCUGGGGCCAGCGUCUUGAGGAGGUUGGUGUCGGUGUUUGGUGCCAUGAAUUGACGACUAAGAAAUUGACGUCUGCGUUGGUGACGAUUACGACGGAUGAGAAGAUGAUCAAGAAAGCGCACGCGAUCGGAGAGAAGAUUCGGGCGGAGGAUGGUGUUGGCACUGCUAUCCAGUACUUUUACCACGACUUGACGUUGGCCAAGCAGCGCCUCAGUAAGAACCGCAAGGACAAGUCGGAGGACACCCCUGUCAAGUUCAAGGUGCAGGAAGGUGAGGAUGACUGGUGGUUUGUCCAGCCUUCGGCUCUUGCCAGUGGAGCGACCUCUGCAGGAGACGGGUCGGAGAGCACUGCUGGAUUUAACGUGCUGUCGGGCAGCGAGGAGGAUACCACAUCGAUGCGAUCGGAGGAUACGACAUCUUAUCUGGGUGUUUCUACCGACUUGGGUCGCUCUCUUUCGUAUCACGGCGGACACUCUCGCAGCGGGUCCGUCUCUGAGCCACUUUCGCCUCAUAUUCAUGUCUCGGCAUCUGAUCCAACUCCUGACCGGUCAGUUGAGUUGAUCAACAGCAGCGAGGAGACUGUUGAGGGGUUGGCAGCUCAGUUGGAGGCCAUGAACCCAUCGUUGGGCAAGUCCCAUAGCCGCAGCCGCAGCAGCAGCAUCAGCGGCAUCCCUAGCUUUGCGCGUGUGUUUGGUCAGGGCGAGAGCGUGAAAGACAAGGAUGGCGGCGACAAAUCGGCCAAGUCGGUCAAGAGGACCUCAACGGCGCGCAAGGUGAUUGAAUCGUUGACGACCAAGGCGACGCAUGUGACGGGAUAUUUCAGCCCGAACAGCCUUCACCCACCAACGUCGACAUUGACUCCUGGCCAGCGACAGGCGUCGCCACCUCCUCCUUCGACCACUGGAUCGAUCGAGAGCGCCCACAGCCAAAAUAGCCAAAGCAGCAGCGGGACUGUGACCCAGGGAGGAGGAGAUCGGCCUGUCUCUUCUGGUGGCAAGAGUGGCGGUCAUCAGAAGCCAGCAGCUUCGUCUUUGGAGGCCUUGAUUGCUGAUCAGGAUGCGCAGAAGGUCACCACUCGCCUCACCACGGCCAACCGCCUGCGAUAA